UUCGCGCCGAACCUCCUCGCGCGACGUAUGUGUCGCGUCGCUUGCAGUGCUGAGCGCGUUUUCGAUGUUUCCGUGUCGUCUGUUGUGCUCCUAUUGACAUAUCUGUGUGAAUUGUGCUAUGGAAUCUGUUUGUGUGUUCAGGUCGCCCUAAAGGGCUGGUUUUGUGUGAUUUGACUGCCACUGGAAUUAUUGUAAUUGGUAGAGCCAGUAGGAAUGCUGAAGCACGUGGCGGUGUCGCCGCACCGCGCGCGAGCCGACUCUGUCAGCCUGUCCUCCUCCGCCUCUUGCUGUAGCCUUGGUAGCCUCGAGAACCGACACGACUCUGUCACUGACCUUUCACAUCGCACGACCACGAUAAAGGUGUUUGCGCGUUGUCUCCGACCUGACAUCGAAUACAAAACCCUGUCAGUUACGUGGGGCACCAGAGCCAAGGAAGUGGUGGCUACACUCCUGGGGAAGUUCCGCAUGAGACAUCGAGAUCCUCGGCUGUUCUACCUGAGCAUGGAAGUGAGGGUUCGAGCUGCAGGUUUACGGACAGCUCUUGUCCUUGAUGAUGAUGCCAGACCAGCAGCGUUGCAGGCGUGCCACCCAAAGGGAUACUCUAAGUUCUCCCUACAAAUGCGCCCAGGCGGCCUCGUCAAAAUCUACGACUCCGCUCUCAUGUCCUCGUCCCAGUACAAGUGCCUGCUGACCAGUGAACGGACCACUGCUGACGAGCUGCUGGCGAUAUUGCUCCACUGCUAUGACUCCACGGAGGGCGUCGAGCGGUUCUCGCUGUAUGAGGUAUGCCCAUCCCAAGAGUACGAGCGCAAACUCCACCCGGAUGACUUGCCAUUAUUGGUGCAGCGCUCCUGGCCCCAAGAUACUGAUUGCCAUUUCCGCGUCAGACGAAACCCGAGAGCUCCUCCACUCCCUCCAAGGACGAACCUUCCCCCCCUUUCUCUACCUCCUCCCCUUCCCUCACCAACGGACUCCCAAGAAGAGGACGAACCGUCUAGAGCCCUAUCAGCCUUAUCCUUAGAAGCAGACGACAAAAGAUACAGCCCAGUAUACAAAUUCCCCAGCAUAAGCUAUUGCAGGGAAACCAAAAACGACUAUCUAUACAUUUGACUAGCAAUCAAUCUGAUCAGGAUAAAAGGUCUUAUGUAUCGGAAAAGAACAGUGAAGAAGAUACUCUUGUGAUGUGUAAAUAAAGUACAGUUUCGUGUAAAGUGUAAAUAGGGAUUGGUGCGGUCAAACCAAAGAGGUUUAUGUGUAGGAGUAUGAAAUAUAGCCUUGUUCAGGGCUUGAUAUAAUUGAAGGUAUUUUGUGAAACUUUUUCAAUAUGUAAGUAAAUAAAAGUUGGUCUAAUUUAAUAAUAAAGCCAAAGAGCUUUUGAAAUUAUAAUACAUAAUCAUAUAUAUGAAUACCAAGUUAUAAAUAAAGCGCUAAUUUUUUUGUAAGAAACAUUUUUUGUAAAAAGUUUUUAGUGAAAAUGAUAUCAUAAAAAUAUUUAUUUACCUUAUCCGCUCUAGAUUUUGUAUUGUAAUAUGCGAACUCUGGCAUUAUUAAAUUAGAUCUACUGUAGGUACAGUAACCGAUUAUGUUUUCUUGCGGAUAAUUUGAAAGAAUUUUAUUCCGAACACGUUAUAUUAAAAUAAAAAUCAAAUGCAUUGUAGCAGUUUAAAUAGUUUCAAGUUAUUGAAAUUACUUAUAUAUUUUUAUUAUGAUUGUGAAGUUAAAUAAUCCUUUUUGUAUUUUUCUUAUUUUAAUCUAGUCUUCUCAAAUCUGCACCUACAUAUGAUUUUCAAACGAUUACUGAUUUACGUCUGUGUUCACUACAAACGUUAUAAUAUAUUUACGGUAAGGUGUCAUUUGUAAUACCAGCGCCUGUAAUUUUUUUUUAAUCCGAAGCCCUAAACCAUACUUAAAAAGUGCACGGUAUUUUAGACAGUAUUGCUAUUAUUAUAAGGAAGGUUAUUUGUGUACUUUGAGGGUAUGAACAGCAAAAAUAAUGUACAUAGAUUAAUUUUAAUUUAGCUAGUAGACACCAAAGAGGCAAGCGAGUUAUAAUGAAAUUAUACAUAGUGCUAUAAACUAUUUUCUAUUUGACAGAUUGGCGUCAUGUGUGACUUAUCUUCCUAGUGAUAUUUUUUAGAAUGAUUUGCAAUCGGGUUUCAGAUUCGAGUUUCAAUUUAUGUGUACGGAAAUCUUUACAAAUUCUGCAGACUGCAGAACGAAGAAUUUUUUAUUGUUAGCGAAAAAUUGCUGGUCUACAACUUUUUUGUCUACCAAAAUGUAAAGUUCAAUAAACAUAUUAUAUUGUGGUCGACAACAAUAGUUCGAAAGAUUUUACUUAGUCUGGUUGUGUGAGCAGAGAAAGAGAGACUUUCAAUUCGCGCGCUCAUUGUUCUGUUGAAAGUUACCCGGCAAAUUAGUAGAGUGAAAUUUUCACGUUAAAUUUGUACUUAUACGAAUAUUUUAAUACUGACGCGUUGAUAAUGGCGCGAUUUAACUGAGAAGUGUGAAUAAGCAGGUAUAGUAACGUAUCAAUAGAUAGUUGUGUUUGUAACUGUCAAAUAGAACAUGGUAUAUUGUAGCGGGUUAUAGAUUUAUUUAUCUGUUAUGUAAUGUGAUGUUUAUUUAUUUAUGGACGUCGCCCAUUGCCCGCGCAGUGUGCGACUCAGAUACUUUAUCACGCCUGUAAUGAAAUAUAUGACGUUUCCUUGUAA